AUGAUCGGUGAAGCAGUCGAUGAGGAGGUGGAUACAACACUAUUACGCAAUCGCAAAAGAACAGAAACGAAGGAGCCAUCUACUUUAGAUAACGCCUUUAAGGAGCUUCAAAAGGCAGUCAGCUAUGAAAUCCAACGGCUACGAGAGAAAAAUCGAAUACUUCGGGAUAAACUUCUCCAGGAGAGGGAGAAGCAACAAAAGACGCAAGAGGAACUUUACCAGCAAAGAGAAAAGCGUGUUUUAGAGUGCAAUAUCUGCUACAGAUAG